CAAUCAUCAGAUCCCUUCCCGUCUCGGCUUACCCACCUUAAAAUCUCCCCCUCCAUCUAUCCACUAGCAUCUCCCUCUAAUACAACUUUCCAGCACGCGACGAUCCCGCACAAUCCGCGACUCUCCUUCAUUGCUCUUCUUCUGCUUCCCAUUUUCGUCUUUAUCUCUUCGUUGCAUUGAAAUACGGGAGAAGAGCCGCACAGGUUGAGCAAGAAACACGUUCCUUUUUCUCUCUACAACGACUCGUCACCAUUUGCGACUUCCGUCCUUCCUAGACCGGCCUUGACCUAUACGCGGACUCUUUGCGACAGGAAAACUCCACUUCAAGGCGUCGAAUGAAAUAGGGGUGCAACGUCUGCUAGUCUACCACAGAAAUUCUCGGCAUCUAUUUACAAUUUCGAAACUGGACUAUUCUUCUGAGGAACCUCACAGUACGACACGAAAGACGAGACAUGUCAGGCUCAGAACCUUUUCCGCUGCUAAACACGGCAAACGAUCAGCUGCAUCAGCGUCGUCCCGCAGACCAAGCAAAUUCCUACGUCAGCAACACCACAGCCACCCAAGACGCCAUCAACAACGCCCGGAAGCGACGUAAGAGUAGUCUUUUGGGCGGCGAGAUCAGAGGUGACACGGGUGCUCCGGCAUUGGCUUCCAGCCGUGCCAGUCUCGAGGCCUCAGAUAACCACUCCAAUGGUCACUCCGACGGCCGCAAGCGCCUCUCGAAACGACGCCGUGCUCGUGGCCUCAUCGGUCGAGCGAAGCAGACCAUGAUCAAGCAUACUUUCGUCCUCCCUGCCGUCCUCCUCGUCUUCUUCCUCGUUGGAUAUGCCAUCAACCCUACCGAGUCCAACCCUAUCCACCACUUCAUCUUCUUGUCGUACAAGCUUCCUCAAGAUGACCCCAACGAGCCUGCGCAGUACGGAAAGGGACGCUGGGAUAUCGCCUUUGUUGGUUUCUACACGAUUGUCCUCUCCUUCACUCGUGAAUUCAUCAUGCAGGAGCUCCUGUCACCACUGGCCCGUUACUACAACCUCACCCGUGGUAAGAAGGCCCGUUUCAUGGAGCAGGUCUACACUGCUCUCUACUUCGGCGUCCUUGGUCCCGCUGGUCUCUGGGUCAUGAGCCACACUCCUGUGUGGUACUUCAAUACCCAUGGCAUGUACGAGGGCUUCCCUCACCGAACUCAUCUUGCACCAGUCAAGUUCUACUAUCUGUUCGAGGCCGCAUACUGGGCUCAGCAGGCCAUUGUGCUUCUCCUGGGUAUGGAGAAGCCUCGCAAGGACUUCAAGGAGCUUGUUGGUCACCAUGUUGUCACCCUCGGACUCAUUGGCCUGAGUUACCGAUUCCACUUCACCUACAUUGGUCUGGCAGUCUACGUCACCCACGAUAUCAGUGACUUCUUCCUCGCUACGUCCAAGACGCUCAACUACAUUGAUUCUCCCCUUGUCGGACCUUAUUUCGGAGUCUUCAUGGUUGCUUGGAUCUAUCUGCGUCACUUCCUCAACUUGAAGAUCAUUUGGUCUCUUCUCACCGAAUUCGAGACCGUUGGCCCCUUUGAGCUCAACUGGGAGACUCAGCAAUACAAGUGCCGUAUCGCACAGGUCAUCACUUUCGCACUCCUCUCGUCCCUCCAGGCCUUGAACUUGUUCUGGCUCUUCUGCAUUGCUCGAAUUGCUUGGCGAUUCCUCAGCCAGAAUGAUCUCCAGGAUGACCGAUCUGAGGACGAAGACGAUGAUAUCGAGGAAGAGGAAGAGAUGCCUGCCUCUGCCCUCAAGACCAACGGCAAGGCAAAUGGCUUCGUCAACGGACAUACCAAUGGUCAUGCCAUCAGCAAGAUCCCUGAAGAUGCGAAGAACUAGAUGAAUUCGCACCUCAGGUUGGUAUCUGAAACUAAUGGAAGGAAACUGCUAGAGGAAAGGAAUACGACCUACUUUGUUUCCAGGAGAGUAUCGGGAAAACGAAGAGAGGGUUGGUGAGACGAAUUAAUGGAUCAACAUCAUCUAAUGACCACAUCGAGGGAUGCCACGAAACGGGCGCAUAGUUAUAUUUCCCACUUUUUCUUUUGAGAUCACGGAGGCAGCAGGAUGGGAGAUGGAUGGUAAUGGAGUUCAACUGGGAGUGGUUGGACCUCACUGUCGCUUUUGUAUCAAACAUGCCGGCGUUCCGAGGGAGUCCGAACUAUACGGACUAAUAUCUGCUGUGUUGCGGUGGUAGGUUGCCGAGUCGGGCAACAUACAGCCAUACAAUCACAUGCGUGUACGAAUCGUGCACACAUGCAUAUGUUGGCUUGUCGUGUCAGCAUAGGGAGCCAAGAGAGCUUCAUUCAAAUGAGGCAGUCGAAAUGUCUUUCGACGAACUCGUCAAGCCAUUUUGGAAAAGGGGGGUUCCUCACUUAUAUGUGCAACACUCUCGCUGGCCUCAAAUCAACCUACCGCAUGCACCUCGGCAGUACACCAUCUCCCUCGGGCCAUGUAUUCAAGCACCUAUAUCUUCUUGUACAAUCACGCUUGCCACUAUCUAUACGAACACACUUAAUAAUACUACCACCUUGACGCUCGCUACCUCUACUCCCCGACCCGCGUGCUGUUCACACUCCUAGCCCCACUUAGCUAUUUUCGUGUUCGUCGGUAGUGAGUAGCUUUGCGUUUUUCAGCUGGAAGCCUCAACACGCGUCAACUUGGCGCCUUUUCAUAAUCCGGAGGCCCGAUUACUAACUCGCCUCUUGUGUUGGAUGAUAUACAGAUCUUACCUAUUAUGCACUCUAUGAGGUGGGGAUAUAACCCCCAAUUUUGCCUCUUAUGGAUACUCUCCCAGACCCUUAAAAACACCGCAUCACGCUGGAGGCGCACGCGUAAGCCGAUACGAGCGAGCUCCAAUAUCUCCUCCGUACGGUGAGAAAGGUCAUGCAUGGGAGAUAAGUCAGAAAUAAAACGUGAACCUAUCAUUCGCCUGUCUGAAUCGUGGGUAACUCUACUAUGUCGCAGUCAGUCCACUUGAAUUUCUUAGCGUAGUAGCGAGACUCAAGAUGCAGUCUGAAAGAGAAUAUCUGCACAAUGCAUGCAUGCAUGCAUGCGUGCAUGGGCAUGCCCUCUUGUUCGGCGGGAAGAAUGGCAGUUUAAAGUGUACACAUCCACUCGGGACAGGGCUUGUAUGCACUGCGACAUUGAUACAACUUUAUAUGUGAAUAGGUACUCUACGCACGCCGUACGCUAAGAAUCAAGUAAUCAGGCGGCGCAGCACAUCAUCACAGGAUGAAGAAUGUGCGACAUAGGGAUGAGAUCCGCGGAGGUUAGCCGCCGGGAGAUAGCCAUACGCCGCAGACAUACAGAAGACAAGCAACGACUUACAGUAACCGAGUCUCGGAUGCCCCAUACCAUUUCCUAAUGGCGUCAAAAUAUAUUCCCUUUCAGGGGUCGAUGCUACUACGGUGAGGCGCUUGUUAGGCCCCCCUCGCCGUGGAUCCCGGUAUCCGGGGUGGCGGGUCCGGGUCAAGUGGGGUCAAUUCUACCGAGCACAGCCUCAAUGUAACGGAACGGAGGACGGUCCGUAAAACACGACAACAACGCAUUUCCUCAAACGUUUGCACGCUCGAAACGAGUUGAAACACGUCGUGGUAACGGGCGAUUAGUUCGUUACACAUAUUCCGGCAUAUAACGACACGUGGAAAUACCAAAGCGAAUCACUGACUAAGAGUUAGAACAGAAAGACUUCAUUCGAUUACUCGCCUGCUAUGCUUGCUAUGCCAUGCUAGUCCAUACUUCAAUAUGCUUGACUCAGGUAAACUACCUUGCAUUACAUACUUUGUUCGGCCCCGAAAUGGACAUGACUCGGCU